AUGACACGUGGAAACAAGAUGAUAGGUGGUGCAUAUGAAGGGUUGGUUUCUUCCCCUAAAAUGAUUUAUGGAGAAGUAAUAGAACCUUCAAAGGAAAAGAAGGGAGUGUUGGCACUUUGGAGAAGAUUAAAAUAUCAGCUUGUAGAAUACAAUUCACUGCCAACUUACUUAAGGGACAAUGAAUACAUCUUGGGUUAUUAUAGAUCAGAGUGGCCAUUGAAACAGAUUUUCCUUAGCAUUUUCGCUAUUCAUAAUGAGACACUUAACGUUUGGACGCAUUUGAUUGGAUUCUUCCUUUUCCUGUUUCUAACCAUUUACACUGCCAUGAAAGCUCCAAUGGUUGAUUUAAAUUCCAUAAACUUGCAUGAGAUGAUGGGAAAAUCUGAUUUGAACAAGAUUCGUCUAGAGCUUUUGGAUUGCUUGCCAAAAUUACCUAAUAUGCCUGAUCUCCUUAAACUCAAACAUGAAUUGAGUGCAUCUCUCUAUCCAUUGGACUUCUUAGGAUCAGGUUGGAAUGCCAUGCAAGUUCUCUCCAAUUGUUUGCCUGAGCAGUAUUCCUUUGUAAGUUCCUAUUCCUAUGACAUUUUUAAUGCAAUGAAAGGCGACAUGGUAUCAAUGGAACCGAUAACAAGGUGGCCAUUCUAUGCAUUCUUAGGAGGGGCAAUGUUCUGCUUGCUAGCAAGCAGCACAUGCCACCUUCUUUCUUGCCACUCACAGCGCCUUUCUUACAUCAUGCUGAGGAUCGACUAUGCCGGCAUUGCAGCACUUAUUGCAACCUCAUUCUACCCUACAGUCUACUACUCAUUCAUGUGCAACCCAUUCUUCUGCUACCUGUACCUGGGAUUCAUAACAGUAAUGGGCAUAGCCACCAUUAUUUUCUCUCUUCUCCCAUUCUUCCAGAAAUCGGAGUUCAGGAAGUACCGUGCCACCCUCUUCUUCUUGAUGGGGUUUUCAGGGAUAGCACCAAUAAUGCACAAGGUGAUAAUCCACAAGCAUCAACCAGAGGCAUUGCAAACGACAAGCUAUGAGAUAUUAAUGGGAGUUCUUUAUGGUUUGGGAGCUCUAAUAUACGCAACAAGAAUACCAGAAAGGUGGAUGCCAGGGAAGUUUGACAUUGCUGGCCACAGUCACCAAAUAUUCCAUGUAUUGGUUGUGGCAGGAGCUUACACACACUAUCUUGAUGGCUUAGUUUACCUCAGAUGGAGAGAUUCCCAAGGCUGUUAG